CGGCUUCCCGGCAGGCAGCACAGGCGCUGUGCGCACAGCAUGGCCCUCGCACUCGCAGCCCUGCUGUAUAUUGGCCUGAGUGUGGACUCUGCAGCCCAAGGUCAAGGGGGAAGCCUCCCUAGACCGGUCCUCCGCGCUGAGCCCAGCUCUGUGGUUGCCCAGGGAAGCGCUGUGACCUUGUGGUGUAAGAGGGCCUGGAAGUCCCAGAAGUUCCAUCUAUACAAAGGAGACAAAUAUAGGUGGGCCUUAAAAAUCCCAGGCACACCUGGGAAGAGGACCGCCUUCUUCAUGUGGGCCAUGACAAAGGACAACGCUGGGCGCUACUUCUGUUUCUACCUGAGCCCUGCUGGCUGGUCAGACCACAGUGAGCCCUCCAGGGUGGUGGUGACAGAAAAUACUUCAAACAGUUUUACUUUACCCUCAGAACCAGACUCCAGACCUAAGUGUCCCACUGGGGAUCACACAGCCCAGAACCUCCUUCGCCUUGGCCUGGCACUCCUGGUGCUGGUGGCGCUGGUGUGGCUGCUGGCUGAGGACUGGCUGAGCAGGAAGAAGCACAGGCUGGAGCUGCAGGCUGGGGAUGUGGGAGAUGGCAGACAGCUCGGUGGCCCUGGAACAGCCCAUGACCUCAUGGUGCCCGACUUUCAUCUGAACCUGAGACGCCUGCCCUGGCCCAGCCGCUGGCACUAUGGCCGGGAUGGCCGCUGCCCCAUUGGCCUGUUCUUCUUCUAUGCCCUGGCUUGUGUCCUGGUGCUGUGCUCCAUGCAGGUGAGUACUCCGAGCCCCUGGCUGCCCAGCUUGUCCUACCUGGCAUCCUCCGUCUUCUCCACCCUCAGCCCCUGGGUGUUCGUGUGCAGCGAUGCCCGUGUCUCCUGGCUCCGCUCUUCCGGUGGCUCGGGCAUUUUCCCCACUCCCCCAUAUCCUGUGCAUCUUGGGCAGGCUGAGCCCAGCGUUUGCCAGGCCCCACACUGGCCUGGGAGCCCCUGGGCCAUGCCGUCCACGCUCCCUGCUCUGCUCUGGGCCGGGCUGUGCCUGAGCCAGAUCGGCGUGCAUACACAGACUCUCUCGAAACCCACCAUCCAGGCCAUACCCAGCCACCUGGUUCCGGUGGGGAGCCGGGUGGAGAUCUGGUGCCAGGGAGUACGGGGGGCCGUGGAGUACCAGCUGCACUUUGAAGGUGGCCUUCAUGCAGUGGAGAGACCCAAGUCACCGAGAUCGGAGAGCAACGCCAGGUUCCUCAUCUCAGUCGUGAGUCAGGGCAGCGCCGGGCAGUACAGAUGCCUCUACUGGAGCGGAGAGCUGUGGUCCGAGUACAGUGACCUGCUGGACCUGGUGGUGACAGGACUAUACGACACGCCCACCCUCUCCGUCCACCCGGGGCCCGAGGUGGCCAUGGGGGAGCCUGUGACCUUCCGCUGCCAGCUGGACAUGGCCACGAACACGUUCUUCCUGAUGAAGGAGGGGUGGCCCAGCCCUGAGCAGCUCCGCUUCGGGAAUCUCCAGGCCGAGUUUCCCAUGGGCCCUGCUACCCGAUCCCACCGGGGGACCUAUCGAUGCUUUGGCUCAUACAACAACCAUUUAUGGUCUUUCCCCAGCAACCCUGUGAGGCUGGAGGUCACAGGGGAUGUUGGAAACACCAGCUUUGCCCCCACAAACCCACCCACCUCCUCUCCUGGUCCCUGGCAGGCCUUCAACUCCAUCCCAGGGUGGGGACUGCAGCAGGACUUCACCCCUGGGGAUCACACAGCUCAGAACCUCCUUCGCCUUGGCCUGGCACUCCUGGUGCUAGUGGCCCUGGCAUGGCUGCUGGCUGGGGACCGGAUAAGCAGGAAGAAGGCGCAGGCCGGAGCUGUAAGCUGGGGACGCAGCAGAUGGCAGACAGCACGGAGGCCCUGGAUGGAUGGCAGGAGCCGCGGUGCCCAACCGGGAGGAGAAGCCGGGACCCUGAGCUGCCUGAGCUGUGAUGGGCAGACUGAGGGGGGCACUGCAGGAAACGGGGAGCCAUCGCCCGGAGUUGGGUUGGAAGGGGUUCCGUGUCCUUGUCCAUAA